AGGUUCACAGGCAGUAUAGAUAAAGCAGUGUAUAUGAAGCCACCGGCGGCCAUGUUAUCACACAACUCCCUGCAAGAUGGUCGCCGUUGUACUGUUACUCUGUCUGGUCACUGCAGUCUCCUCCCUGAAACAGGGGACGUCCUGCACCUGCCAUAAAGAUCUGGUCCGGAUAGAUGAUUGGAUCCUGGUGUUCCGUGUCCAGGCUGACAACCGGAUCUCUGCCUACCAGACCUGGAUGAAUGACGCCGUGUACCACGACAACCCCAUCAUUCCGUGGAUGAUCAAGCCCCAGUGUACAUCCCUUCGUACAUCACCCAGAUGCCACACCCACUUCAAGAGCAGGAUCGUACCGAUGUGGGAACAAGCCAAUAUCAAGCUGGUAAAGGUGUUGCUGCUGAAAGACAGCCAGAAAAAAGCCUACAUUCUUUUCAACGGUAUAGGCUCCACCAAGACCAGCUGGUUCUCCCGAUCCCGAGUCAUCAACUCCACGUGGUCGGAUCUUAAGACAGCCCCAUCAAACAUCUUUAGUAUUGCAGGUCAUCAAGUCCUCAACAGGCGUUUCUUCAUGAGUUCUAUCUAUAACGGCUGCGCUGGCGACUACUUUUGGAUGGACAUCAUUGACAACAAUCAGGGCAUCAUGGGAUGUGCAUGGGAUAAAACAACUAGGUUUCCGAAGAUCAUCUAUUCCAUAAAGUCCACGGCAGCCAAAACAGACAGCAAAUUACACAAUUUCGAGUAUGCUGACGGCAUGGCGGUUCUCGUGAAGCUUGGACAGUAAAAGAAGACGUGUUCAAUGUAUUGUAAGAACCUUGAAUAAAUCCAGCGUCAAAGGAAAA